AGGACUGACUUCCGGCUGCACAUCGUCCACACAGCACCUGCGUCACUCCUCUACUGAGCAUUAAAAACAGUAUCUACAGCCAUGGCUCACCCGGGAAUAAGACAGAUAAAGAUAAAGACUGGCAUCGUUAAGCGGCUGGCCAAAGAGGAGAUUUCAUAUAUAACUGAGGCAAAACAGCAAGAGGAGAAGGUUGCGCGCCUUAAAGCUGAGGCUGGAGAUGAAUACGUUAUCAAGAAACAGAUUGAGGUGUUGCAGGAGGCAAGAAUGAUGGUCCCGGACUGCCACCGCCGACUGUCCAUAGCACACGAAGAUCUGACGAAUUUGCUUGAAGCAGAAGUGGAUUUGGCCGAAUCAGAGGAAUUCAAAGAUGCUCGGAAGAUGUUGGACUCAGUGAAGCUUGAAGGAUGAUUCCUUAUGUGUUUCUUGUUCUCACUGUGAGAUUCACCUCUUUCUUUAAUGUGCAUUCCCUUCAUCAGGCCAUGGAGACAAACUGAAUCCGAUCAAAGCCUCUGCUCUUGAUGUUAUUAUUUCUGCUGUUGACUUUUCCCCAUGCCAACACAUUUGUUCAUGCUUUUGUUCUGUCUGUAUAAUCCCACAUUUACCAUAAAAUGUUCAGUUUAUUACA